AUAGGCUGACACAGAACUCACUUCCUGUUUGCUUUUGGGUUCGUUUUCUUGAGCACGAUAAGUGGUAUUUUAGGUCCAGCAGUGAAGCGUUGAAGUUCCAAAAUGCUGGAUGGUAGUAUUUAGACAGGAGAUGGUAGAGGAGAGAAUGGGAUGCUGCUGGAGCCAGACUAAGGAUCAAUUUGACAACUUGGAAAAGCACACACAAUGGGGCAUCGAGUUUGUCGAAAGAUACACCAAAUUUGUGAAGGAGAGAUCGGAGAUCGAGCUCAGCUAUGCAAAGCAAAUUAGGAAUCUGUCAAAAAAAUAUCAGCCUAAGAAGAAUUCCAAAGAGGAGGAAGAAAACAACAAGUACUCAGCAUGUCGGGCUUUCCUGUCAACUCUGAAUGAGCUGAACGACUGUGCAGGACAACAUGAAGUUAUAGCCGAGAACCUGACAUCGCAGAUCAUCUCUGAGCUGACGCGCUACAUCCAGGAGCUGAAGGCAGAGAGGAAGUCGCAUUUCCAUGAUGGACGCAAGGCACAGCAACACAUUGAGAACUCCUGGAAGCAGCUGGAAUCAAGCAAACGAAGGUUUGAGAGGGACUGCAAAGAGGCGGACAGGGCACAGCAAUAUUUCGAGAAGAUGGACUCUGACAUCAACGUGACAAAGGCGGAUGUAGAGAAGCGCUGUUCCCACAAGGCGCGGCAACAAGCCCAGGCGAGGCAUCAAAUGGCUGCGGACAGCAAGACUGAGUAUGCAUCAUAUUUGCAAAAGUUCAACCAGGAGCAGAAUGACCAUUAUCACACCCUGAUCCCACACAUUUUCCAGAAAAUCCAGGAGAUGGAGGAGAAGCGGAUUGAGAGAAUGGGAGAGUCCAUGAAAACCUUCGCUGAGGUCGACCGGCAAGUUCUGCCAAUUGUGGGAAAAUGUCUAGAUGGUAUGACUAAGGCAGCAGAAUCCAUUGAACCAAAACAUGACUCGUCACAGGUUGUAGAAUCGUAUAAAUCUGGGUUUGAGCCCCCUGGGGACGUGGAGUUUGAGGACUACAGCCAGGCAAUGAAGAGAACAGCAUCAGAGUGCAGCCUGUCAAACUCACGGGCAGAGGGAAAGCCCGAUAAGCCCACCGGCAAGAGCAAAGGCAAACUGUGGCCUUUUAUGAAGAAGAGUAAGUCUCCCAAGCAGCACAAGGAGGCCCUUACACUCCGCCUCAACGACUUCAUGGCCUCCAAGCCCAAAAUGCACUGCUUCCGGAGCCUAAAACGCGGGCAGGCUGGCUGCUCUUGCUCAUACCAGAUAGAGCUCAUGAAGAGGACAUUGGGCAAGCCUACGUACGCGUUCGAGGCCAGGCAGUAUGUCCUUUCUCUCAAGCUGAUAACGCUCAAUGCUCAGGUCCGGAGUCUUAUUGAGGGUGCUGGGUCUGAAGAUUUCAGUCACCUGCCACCUGAACAGAGGAGGAAGAAGCUGCAAGCCAAGGUUGAUGACAUCAACAAGGACCUCGAGAAGGAGAUGGACAAGAAGGAUGCUAUUCUUAAAAUGAAGGAUGUAUAUGUAAAGAAUCCACACAUGGGAGACCCCGGUAGUGUGGAUCCUCGGCUAGCUGAGACUGGCCAGAAUAUUGAGAAACUUCAGCUCGAGGCACAGAAAUUUCAGGGCUGGCUGGCAGAAGUGGAAGGGAAGAUGCCAGUGAAGAGUGAACCUCCGCAGAGACAGAGUGUGCUGUACGAGACCCAGAGCAGCGUGCCCAGCAGCAACAACUGCGCCCAGGACCGAGAGAGCAGCCCGGAUGGCAGCUACACAGAGGAGCAGAGUUCGGAGGCCCAGAUAAAGGUGCCCAAUGCGGAGUAUGACGAUGAAUUUGACGAUGAGGAGACGCUGCCCACCAUCGGAACGUGCAAGGCGAUAUACCCCUUUGAAGGCAAUAAUGAGGGCACCAUCUCUGUGAUGGAGGGAGAGCUGCUGUACGUGAUCGAGGAGGACAAGGGUGACGGCUGGACCCGCGUGCGCCGCAAUGAAGAGGAGGAGGGAUACGUGCCCACGUCCUACGUCGACGUCUUUUUGGACACCAAUGGCAAAGAUACCUAAAAGUGUGGGCGUGGCACAGGAAUGGCAGGGCAAGCUCCAUCGGAGAAAACCAUCUACGUUUUUAAACGUCUUUAGGCAGUGAUACUGCAAAAAGGGGGUCAGGUUGUGAGCGAUUCAGUCUAACUUCACACUGAAGUCCGCUAAGUGCUGCUUCUGAGUCUGUUGCCAAACGGACCAGAACGAAUUCAGCAGCCAUCUCUCUGCUUGUUAUGUCAGCGUAGCUUGCUUCUUGAUGUACUAACUUGGCCUCCAUUUUUGUGCGCAGAAAUUGCUAGCUCACCCUCAAACCCCUCCCUCCCCCAUUUCCCACAACCCCCCACUCCAAGCACAGCCAACUGUGGUCAGAUUUAGGACUGGACCAGGUGGGUGAGCUGUGGGAGAUGAAACUGCAGCCAUAGCUUCAGCUUUUGCGAGCUUCAUAGUCUCAUUUGUGUAUCUGGCAAAGAGCUCCGAUCUCAUGAUCAUGUGAUGUACCUGUCCCUAUGGACAUGGGGAAUGGCAUCCAGUAGUGGAUGGUCACAGGACAAAUGCAGCACCACAGUUAUGGUGGCUUGUCAAUGGGGACAAAAUCCAAGUCUUUUUUAACUUUACAUUUCAUAAGCAUGUAAUGGUGAUUCCAACCCUAAAGCUGUUUACAUGGUCUAACACCAAGAAUAUAAUACAAUUAUGCUUUAAAUGUAUCAUUGGUGCCAGUAUUUCUGGCAUUUGCUUACUUCUUAUUUGUGCAUCUGUUAGAUUGAGGAAGCCAAGUCACAUUGGCUAAGCACCAGUACUGCACUUUCACCCUGCAGCAUUCUCAUUGGUCGCAGCUCCUGCCACUGGCCACGCCUAAACCCCACCUCCAGGCUGCUGCCAUUGGCUCCUGUGAGUGCUGUGCAGCUAGACCCUCUAGCCAAUGACAUUGUCUCCAAGCAGUCCAUGCUUCUCUUUGCCUCUGCCAGUCCUGAAUGGGGGCGUGUCCUCUCGGUUAAUGCUUUGUCUGUACAUUGUCCUAACCAAUUUGCUACUGUUGUGUCUUGUGCCUGUGAUUUCAUUUUCCUGUCUUCAUUUUAUUAUUUGUUUUUUUUUUUUUACGUUGCCUCUAGCAUGAUCACUUGUUUCAGUGUUGAACUUUCUUCAAGCUCAGCUCUCCUGGCACCGUGACACUUUCGACAGUGGACACCAAAAGGUUAUGGAUCCCAAGACCUUAAAAUCUGGUAUAUAUAUAUAUAUGUAUAAAUAUUAAAAUAAAAUUUUAUAUAUAUAUAUAUGUCUAUAUAAAAAUCACUGGCAAGUUAUUUGAGCAGCGUUCCACAAAAGACUGCUGAUGUGUUCUCUGGAUUUAGUCUUUGGGAUACAAUGUAAAACUCUCCUUUUCAAUGUAGUAAAAAACACAGUGAAUCAUAAAGUCCCAACAUCAUCGCAAAUUACUGCGGUAGCUUCCUGUCUUUCUAGGUUUCCUGUGCAUGUGUUUCACCUCCAGUUUUCCAAGGAUAUGGAAAAGCCAAACAGGUUCUUACUGAAUUGUUUGCGCUGAUAAUUUGAGUAGAUGUCAUUUUGUCUGUGAAGAGUCUAAUUAAGAACAUAAGGUUGUUUUUUUAUUAUUAUCGUCAAGGAGAAAGCUGUUUUGUGUGGAACCAGACAGUACAUUAUUGUCAAUCCACAUAAUCCACGUUCUUUUCCUUAUUUAAGGCACAUAAUGAUUUUAAUAAUUUUUAUAAUUUUAACUUCUGGGUCAAAGAGAGUUAAGCCAUUUUAGCUGAAUAUAUUUGUACCACUGUUUGCCAGUUCCACUUAAUAAUAAAUCAGUUUCAACUGGGUAAGAGCUUAAUUCUAACAGAUAAAACAGUGUUCAAUGGAUAGCUAGACUGUUUGAAGAAAACAGCAAUGACUUGAAUGUCUGGGACAGAUAUGUGAUAGGAUACUUUUUACUCAUUUUCUCUCUAUUUAAGGACUGGACUUUUACAGUAGCAUUAACAGUGAGUCAGCUGUCAAAAAAUGUAUCGGCAUAAAAUAGAUUUGAAAUGCUCAUUAUUGGAAACAGUGACAGUAUAUCAAGAUGAAGGCUAACAUAGCUGUAACUGUCCAUUUUUAUUUUAUUUAUUUUUUUUUACACGGAAGGCAGAAGUAAACCAAUGCAACACCUCCUGUCCAGCUGAACACAGCAGGCCUCACCACCCUCCAUACCCUCUAGAGGGUGCUAUUGAAACUCUGCUGGUCCAGUUUAUUUGUUCAAAUUGGAAAUACUGAAGUUUUCAAUAUACAAAAUAGAAUUAUAAACAAAAUAAUGCAGUUUUGUUAAGUUGUAGAAAUUUGCUUUGCUACGUAGGAUCCUUGGUUUUGUUCUGUUUGUGAAGUCUGCCAAAUGCACUUUUCCAUUACAUUUGGGACGCUUGUUUCUGAGCACUGAAAACAUUACAUUGUAUUAACUGUGCCAAAUAAAACAUCUGGGAGCAUCA